AUGAAGGCUCUCUCCCUCCUCCUCCUCCCAGUCCUGGGGCUGCUGGUGUGUGGCAAGUUUCUGUGUCCCAUGGAUAAAGCCAUCAGUGAGAAGAUCCAGGAAGUCACUAGCUCCCUAAUUCCUGAGGCAAUAAGGAAUAUUGGCCUGGACUGCCGGAGUGUCACCUCCAGGGGGGACCUGGUCACUUGCCCCUCAGUCCAAGCUCUCUCCUCCUCGCUCCCCCUCGCAGGUUUCGCCGUCACCGGCUGCACCUGUGGCUCUGCCUGUGGCUCGUGGGACGUGCGCGCCGAGGCCACGUGCCACUGCCAGUGCGCCGGCAUGGACUGGACCGGAGCUCGCUGCUGUCGCCUGCGGGCUGAAUAA